CCGUCUUUCGGUCUGAAUAUUCUCUCCUUGAGAGACUAUCAACAACAAGUUCUCAACAACAAUCAUCACAUCCCACACCAUGGCUCCAGCUGCACUCCUCCCUCUCACGGCGCCGGUCGUGAUCGGCCCUGCCACGAAGAAAGCGACUCGUCCCAGCAAAGCGUUACCGCAAAGCCUCAUCGAUGGAGCCAGACUCAGCACCAAAGAGCCCUUCACCCCGGAGAAGCACCUGGCUUUCCAGUCCCCCGCAAAGAUCUACACCAUGAAAGACAUCGGCCUCGAAGGCCACGGCAUCUCGCCCAAUGCAGUCACCGACCCAUUCCCCCUGUUCACGGAGGAAGCAAUCAAGCAGAUGCGCGCGGAGAUCUUCAGCGAGCCCGUGUUGGAGAAAUGUCAAUACUCGUCAACCUUCAACAAAAACAUGGUCCGCGGAAUGGGGCCUGCUCUCGCCCCCUUCACCUACGACGCAUGGCGCUCGCCCGAACUCAUCGCCAAGAUCUCCGAAGUGGCCGGCGUCGACCUUGUGCCAUCCAUGGACUUUGAGAUCGCCAACAUCAACAUCUCCAUCAACGACGAGCACGACCGUCUGACGCCGGACAACGCGCCCGACACCGACCAGCUCUCGGCGGUGGCGUGGCACUACGACAGCUUCCCGUUUGUCUGUGUGACAAUGCUGUCCGAUUGCAGCGGGAUGGUCGGCGGGGAGACGGCGCUGCGAACGGCGACGGGCGAGAUCAUGAAAGUGCGGGGCCCCGCCAUGGGCACGGCCGUGGUGAUGCAGGGCCGCUACAUCGAGCAUCAGGCGCUCAAGGCGCUGGGCGGCCGCGAGAGGAUCAGCAUGGUGACCUGCUUCCGGCCGCGAUCGCCCUUCGUGCGCGAUGAGACCGUGCUCACCGGGGUGCGCGGCAUCAGUGAUCCGUCCGAGAUGUAUACGCAGUAUAUGAGCUACCGCAUGGAGAUCCUGGAGGAGCGGGUCCGGGCGCGGUUGCAGACGGAGAGGCGGCGGGAGUUGGGGAAGCGUCCGUUUGAUGUGCAGGAGGCCAGAGGGUUCUUGGUGGAGCAGGUGCAGUACCUGGAGGCGAUGUUGGGGGAGAUUGUCGAGGUGUCUGGCGAUUAG